AUGGAGAUUCAGUAUGGACAGCAGCUGCAGACCUCAGGCACAAAAGUGCUUUUGGCUGCUUUCACUGGCUUAGCAAUCGGAGGGCCGCUUGUGGGGUUGAUGGGGUUCAGCUUCUUGGCGUCGGUGACGCUGCUGGUUUUGAGCUCGCCGCUUCUGCUUAUUUUCAGCCCACUUCUGUUUUUUGCUGGGUUUGUGUUUGUCGGAGCCUUGGCUGGGUUUGCUGUGGCUGCUGCCCUGGUUUUUACAGGGAUGACUACUCUAGGGUGGAUUUUUCAGGAGCUUGCAGGUAUAAGGCUUUUGGGAUUUGGCGGCGGAGACGGUGGUGGUAUGGUAGAGAGAUUGAAGGAUAAAGGAAAAGAUUGGGCUAGGUUUUUGCAGCAUGGGACUGAACAAGAUGGCAGGAUUAGUGGUAGAGGCUGA